AUGGGUUCUAUUGGUCAAGGAUCUUCGCAGCAGCUUCCUGUGCGGGGCAAGACUAAUACAUCAGUCUUUGGAAGCGCUAUCAAGAAGGAGUUUCUGUUUGAUCCAGAAUGGAGAAAUCUUAACCAUGGUUCCUUCGGUACAUAUCCUCAGGCUGUCCGAACAAAAUUCCGCGAGUAUCAGGAUGCGAGCGAGGCUCGUCCUGACCCAUUCAUCCGCUAUGAAUACCCCAAAAUCCUCGACGAGAACCGCGCUGCUGUCGCAAAGCUUCUCAAUGCCCCAGUGGACAGUGUUGUGUUUGUCUCCAAUGCCACUGUUGGUGUAAACACAGUCUAUCGAAACACGAAGUGGAACGAAGACGGAAAGGACGUCAUCAUCAGCUUCUCAACCAUCUACGAAGCUUGCGGCAAGGUCGCAGAUUAUCUUGUUGACUAUUACAACGAAAAAGUGACUCAUCGUGAGAUCGAGCUCACAUAUCCUCUCGAUGACGAGGAGAUCAUCAAGAAGUUUGAAGAUGCCGUCAAAAAGAUUGAGUCUGAGGGUAAGCGUGCUCGCAUUUGUACGUUUGACGUUGUCUCCUCUCGACCAGGUGUUGUCUUUCCCUGGCAAGAGAUGAUCAAGACUUGCCGUCGCCUCAAUGUGCUGAGCAUGGUCGAUGGCGCUCAAGGCGUUGGAAUGGUGAAGUUGGACCUCUCCGCCGCUGAUCCAGACUUCUUCGUGUCAAACUGUCACAAGUGGCUUCACGUCCCACGGGGUUGCGCUGUCUUCUACGUGCCUCAGCGCAACCAGGCACUUAUUGAAACGACACUCGCUACCAGCCACGGUUACGUGCCCAAGCUGGUGAAACGUAUCACACCACUCCCUCCCAGCUCCAAAUCUCCAUUUGUCACCAACUUUGAGUUCGUCGGCACGCUUGAUAACUCGCCAUAUCUUUGCGUAAAAGACGCUAUCAAAUGGCGUCAGGAAGCUCUCGGUGGUGAAGAUGCGAUCUUGGAGUAUAUCUGGGACUUGAACAAGAAAGGCAGUGAACUCGUCGCUGAGAAAUUAGGCACGACAUAUAUGGAGAACAGCACAGGCACGAUGCGAAAUUGUGGCAUGGCUAACAUUGCAUUGCCGGUUUGGACUGUGGAGGGUAAAGAGGGUGAGGUUGUCAUCUCUGCGGAGGAGACGCAGACAGCGUUCCAGUGGAUUCUGAAUACGCUUAUUAGUGAUUACAAGACGUUUGUGGCGCUGUUUCUGCAUGGGGGGAGGUUGUGGAUCAGGACGAGUGCGCAGGUUUAUUUGGAGAUUGAGGAUUACGAGUGGUUGGGUGGUGUGUUGAAGGAGAUUUGUGAGAGGGUUGGAAUCUUCCCCGUGAAAGAGUUACUAUUAAGCUCACCUGCCAAGAAACAGCCUCUUUAUCAAAAAACUACCAUAAUGGGUAACUCUUCGUCUUCCUCGUCAAAUCCCUCCGAAGAAGCCAAGGAUAAGAAGACGCUGUAUGAGCGCUUUCAAGCCGGCAAAAAGAGUGUACCACUCAGCGACGAGGAUAUACUAAAGUACACGGGCAAGACUCGCGAUGAGCUCAGCACAUGGGCUGACACUCAGCCCGGGGUCGGAAAGAAUCAACUCGCGGGUAGCGUAACAGCUGGUCCGAUUUCUGGACUUGGAGGAGUUGCGAUGGCCGAUGGCCUUGGAGGUUGGGGACCGAGUGCACAUCCGAAUGACAAGAACAGAGGAAUGAAGUUCCCUCCUACGAGGGGGAAUGAGGCCAAGGACACUACUGAAGUGACAGAGGUGGUGGAGGAUAAGAAGUGA